UCACUCUGAAUGUGAAGAUACCAUUGCAGUUAUUUACUCACCCAUGAAGCAAGCAACUGAACACAGCAGAAUCUUCACCCUACCAAGUUAUUUCGACUCGAUCUUGCACGCAGUGAACUACUUUUGAGAAGAAUGUCAGUGAAGCAUACCAAGCCCAACCUCAACCAGUCUCAGGUGGCUGAGAUGGUGAAGAGGCUCUUCAGCCUGACACCAUCAGAAAUGCGCUCACUGCCAAGCUACGAUGACCAGAACUUCUAUGUGGCGGCUGUCGAAGGUGGCGAGUAUGUCCUUAAAAUAAUGAACUCAGAACACAGUAAGAACCCCACCCUGAUCGAGGUGCAGACCUAUGCCAUGGCCUUCCUGCACCAGAAUGGACUUCCUGCCCAAAAAGCUAUUCCCAACACUGCAGGACAGUCUAUCAGCAUGGAAGAAAUAGACUGUGGACAUGGUGCUCAGACAUACUGUGUGAGGUUGAUGACCUAUGUCCAUGGAAAAACCGUUGCCGAAUCUCCAGUCACAACACAAGAUGUUUAUCAUGUCGGCAAGUUGGCUGCCACCCUGGAUAAGACUUUAGAACAACUGGUAUCUCAAAACCUUGAUGUCUUGCAAAGCCACGAUACACCUUGGAGUUUAUCCAACAUUCCUCUCCUGGAGGGCUACCUAUCAGUGAUGGAUGGAAAUCCCCUGCAGGAAGUAAUCAAAGCAGUCACUGAACAGUAUAAAUUACAUGUGGAUCCCAAAAUCAGCUCUUUCUCAAAAGGAAUAAUACACAGGGACUUAAGUGACCAGAACAUCAUUGUCACACCCAUUGCCAAUGGGCAUCAUGAGAUAUCAGGAAUCAUAGACUUUUCUUUGCUCAUGAAUGGAUGCUAUGUCUUUGAACUGGCAAUAACAAUCAUGUACUUGAUGUUGGAGAACCCUAAUCCUUUGGAUGUAGGUGGACCUCUGAUAGCGGGCUGGGAGAGCAUUAUGCCACUUAGUGAUGAUGAAAGGGAUUCCCUCUACCUACUGGUACUUGGUCGGUUGUGCCAGAGUUUGGUUUAUGGGCAGUACUAUUCCAGAAAAUACCCAGACAACAAGGAAUAUAUCCUGACAACAGCCAGAAAUGGGUUUCAGAUGCUUGCUAAACUCUGGGAACUGGGUAAGGAAGAAGUGGAAAGGAAGUGGUUUUCAGAUGCCAGCACAUUCUCAGUCAAUAAUUAAGUAAACAUUGACCAAUGGCUUAGCAUGUAACCGAACAAAGAGUCUCACAAAGAAUAUCUGAAUUGUAACCUCUAAAAGUACUAAAAGGGUGGGUUCUUUUUUUAAUACUUUUUUGACUUUUUCAUUCUUAUUCAAUAGUAGAUAGAUAGCUCACCAGAAACAACAAAUGACUUCCUAAAUAAUUUUGAGUUGCCAGAGAGUCUCUAGCACCUCCCAAUGCUCAAACUAGUUAAAGAGAAGAUGGGAGUUUUCUGCCAAUACUCCUCCACAAGUUCAGUCAGCAGCUUUUGGGUGUGUCAUUGCAUUGCAAUUGAUAAUGACUAUUAAUCAGCUAUAAAUAAUUUGCCAAUGCUCAUAGAAUAGCAAUGAUCCAUUCAUGAGAAAAAGUAUUCUCUUGUUGGUUUACAUCCUGUUACCUCUUUAGUUCUUUAGGAACAAUAUUAUAUAUAUUUCUUAACAUUUACUUAUUACUUACUGUCAACUGCACACAUU